AUGUGUGACGACGAUGUAGCAGCACUUGUUAUUGACAAUGGAAGUGGUAUGUGUAAAGCUGGAUUCGCUGGUGAUGAUGCUCCACGUGCUGUAUUUCCAUCAAUUGUUGGUCGACCACGUCAUCAAGGUGUUAUGGUUGGAAUGGGUCAAAAAGAUUCUUAUGUUGGUGAUGAAGCACAAUCAAAACGUGGAAUUCUUACAUUAAAAUAUCCAAUUGAACAUGGUAUUGUUACAAAUUGGGAUGAUAUGGAAAAAAUUUGGCAUCAUACUUUUUAUAAUGAACUUCGUGUUGCACCUGAAGAACAUCCUGUACUUCUUACUGAAGCACCACUUAAUCCAAAAGCAAAUCGUGAAAAAAUGACACAAAUUAUGUUUGAAACAUUUAAUACACCAGCAAUGUAUGUUGCUAUUCAAGCUGUACUUUCUUUAUAUGCAUCGGGUCGUACAACUGGUAUUGUACUUGAUUCAGGUGAUGGUGUUACACAUACAGUACCAAUCUAUGAAGGAUAUGCAUUACCACAUGCAAUACUUCGUCUUGAUUUAGCUGGUCGUGAUUUAACUGAUUAUUUAAUGAAAAUUUUAACUGAACGUGGUUAUUCAUUUGUAACAACAGCUGAACGUGAAAUUGUUCGAGAUAUAAAAGAAAAAUUAUGUUAUGUUGCCCUUGAUUUUGAACAAGAAAUGGCUACAGCUGCAUCAUCAUCAUCAUUAGAAAAAAGCUAUGAACUACCCGAUGGACAAGUCAUUACUAUUGGUAAUGAACGAUUUCGAUGCCCAGAGGCUCUUUUUCAACCAAGCUUUCUUGGCAUGGAAACAGCUGGUAUCCAUGAAACAACAUAUAAUUCAAUAAUGAAAUGCGAUAUUGAUAUCCGUAAAGAUUUAUAUGCUAAUACUGUUCUUUCUGGAGGUUCAACAAUGUAUCCAGGUAUUGCUGAUCGUAUGCAAAAAGAAAUAACAUCAUUAGCACCAUCAACAAUGAAAAUUAAAAUUAUUGCACCACCUGAACGAAAAUAUUCAGUAUGGAUUGGUGGUUCAAUUUUAGCAUCAUUAUCAACAUUUCAACAAAUGUGGAUUUCAAAACAAGAAUAUGAUGAAUCAGGUCCAUCAAUUGUUCACAGAAAAUGUUUCUAA